AUGGUGAGCAAAGAGGACACCACAUACGUUGUACUCUCAAACUCAGACGAUUCAGAUUCAGACACAGAACAAUCACACCUCGAUACUCAGUCCGGACCGGAAUCAGGCAAGCCGCAGGUGAAGAAGAGAAACAAGGCCCUACAAGUGCGAUUUAAAGAUAUCUGCGAAGCUCAGAAUGAGCACCAGGGGAAACACUCCAGAUCCAUUUCCUGCAAAGUGACUCACAGAAAAUACAUGACCAUGCCUGCCAGACGCUCCAUUCCAAAUGUGACCAAGAGUACUGGUGUCCAGACAUCGCCAGACCUCAACAAGCGAUACAAGACUUUCCCUUUCGAGAGGAAAAAGGGACAUACGUUUAAACACACUGCUUUGGUGGAAGAUUACAAAGGACAAAACAAUGGGUUUUUGAGUGAUAUAAAGACGGCAGGAGAGGACGGACUUCUUAUCGGCGAGUCGUCGAAGUACAAAGGUAAGAUUGUGGGGCAGACAAAAGCACUGCUUCACCACACUGAUGACAGCAGUGAUACAGAGGAUUUGCUUUCCAGUGCCAACUGUCUGGAUGGACCCUCGUGCCCGGAAUCACAUUUCUCGGAAGAGGGCCAUCCGAGCAGCCCUCCUUCCAAAAGUGAACAAGAGUACCAGGUUUGUGGGACAAGGACCAAACACAAAGGAUUACCCAAAGAAGGUGUGGAUGCUGGCACGUCCUCAAAGCGUCAGCUGGCUAACUCCGAGUUUUCACAGGAGAAGUCAAAAGGAAUGGGCCCCGUUGAGUGGAACACUUUAACACAGGUGGAGUCUUUAGGAAGCCCCUCUGUGAGCUGUAAGCGGAAAAAGGGCACACAGGUAAACAAACAGCAGUCACAGACACUUCCCCAUAGUGCCAAAUGUGCUGUCCAGUCACAAGGGCAGUGUCGGACAAGGCACGUGUCAGCCUCCUCGAAACUCCAGCAAACGGUCGGGGGUGACGAGGGCUUUCCUCCAGGAGACACGCGAGCCCCAGGCAUGGGGAGCAGCCAGCAGAUAAUGCCCGUAUCAGGAGACAAGGAUAUCAAAGCACAGCUGCAGGCCAUGGAGAACCUCAUCAGCUCGAGUCAGGAAACCAUCAAGGUCCUGCUUGGAGUUAUUCAGGAGCUGGAGAAAGGCGAAGCACAGAGAGAGGGGCUCUCCUACCGAACAGGACAAGACACAGCAAAUUGUGACACUUGUCGAAACAGCGCAUGCAUCAUUUACAGUGUGGAGCUGGACUUCAAGCUGCAGGAGGACAAGCUGCACCCCCUGAUGAGGAGACUGUGCCCCCUGGACAGCCCACAGUUCCCUGCCCUGCCUUACUCCAACGAAGUGUUCACCUCCACCCCCAAACGCAAGUCCAAGACAGAGUCCAAAAAGCACGCUCGCUGGAAACUCUGGUUCCUUUGA